AAAGGCGCAAUUUUUCAAAUGAUUUCACUUGUUACGGAGUCAGAAAACCUGAUAGUAAUAGAUGUUGUUUCUAAUUAAAAGGAAAUUUAGAGAAAUGGAUUCGAAAAGAGAAAAAGAAAAGAAGAAGGGAAAAAUUGGUCAGGAGAGGAUAUUGAGGAUGAAUCCCGAGAGGAAACGUUUUUCACAGACGUCCAUGCAGCUGCUAUGCUUGUAGCAAAUUAAUAAUUUAAGGUGUUUUCUUGUUGUGACAGGUCACUAAGAAUUGAGAGGUAAGAUGCUUACAUAGCGAUCUAAGCAGUAAUUAGCUCGUAUUUGUUUGAUGAUGACCCAAAGUGCUCGUGUUUGCGGCGUGUUUGUGGUGAACGUAUGUGAGAAUUUAGCUCGCAGUUGUUAGCUCUAUGCCUAAAAGUAAACGCCAGGGUGAGAUCAUUCGCAAUAAGUAGAAAUGGCCGAAGUAGAGCGAGCUCUUAUCGCAGCCAAAGAUGGUGAUCUUCAAACCUUAAGAUCACUUCGUCGUGUAGUUCCUAUGGCGGCAGAUGGCUUUGGAGCGACCGCCCUUCAUUAUGCUGCCCGAACAGGUCAAAUGGAAUGUGUUGAAUGGCUGGUGGAAGCGGUCGGAAUCUCUUACAAUGUACGCGGAACAAGCGGAGCUACACCAAUGCACGAUGCUGCGGCACAAGGACAGCUAGAAUGCGUCAAAUACUUUCUUGCAAACGGCGCUGAUGUAGAGACGAGAGACAGAUCAGGGCAUACCGCAUUGCAUUUGGCAGCAAGGUUCGGGAAGUUUGAGAUGGUGAAGUGGUUGACUGAGAAGGUGAAUGGUUAUGCAAGGGCCAAGUCAAGGAAUCAUAUGACACCAGUGCACUUUGCCGCUUCUGGAGGACAUCUUACUUGCCUCCAGCUUUUGGUUUUCAAAGCUGGAUACAGGUAAACUGUCAGUCUGUUAAAUACAAGAAUAAAUAUUGCUCUAUCUUUCAGUGCUUUGUCUGUGUAGCACUGUUGCAUCCUAUAAAGAAAAAUACUAUCAAUCCAGCUGUGCAAUUAUCAGUUUUCAUUGUAGCUAUCAGGGCUGUCAUUACGUUUUAAGCAGCUGUAACAUCUCACAAAAAUUUAUAGUGCCACCUUUAGCUUUCCACUUUGAUCACCCGUAACAUCAAGAGUGCUCAGCCAUAACAGGUGUUACGGGUUAUGGCUCUUAAUGACAGCUCUGGCUGCAGUCUGUAUUUCUCUUUUUGGGUAUCUUUCAACUCUCAAGUGAUGUUUAGCUCUUGUAAACUUCAAGCUUCUUUUCCGUCUUCCCCCUGGUCAGCACCUAAAUCCCCGAAGGCAAAGGUAUAGUAAGGGUUGUCAGACAAAUUUUAAGACUUUAACCCUUUGUGUCCCAAGAGUGACCAACAUUAAUUAAUUUUCUCCCUACAAUAUCAAAUAAUCAAGAGAAAAGGUAACGAGAAUCAGUAAAAUGAUCACCAAAGGGGAAAUGCUUUGAUCUUUUAUCAAAUUCUCUCAACUAAUCUCAAAGUAAAUGUAUGAUAAUCAGUCUGGAGAAUUUGGAUGGGAAUAUUGGGGCCAGCCCUCAUGCUUGGGACCUUUCCUGGGUUGAAGUGGCUCAUGCAGUACCAAGCCAAGGUGAUGUUCUUUUAUAAAAUUACACUAUUUAGUCUGGUGGCCCACCCUGAGAAUGUGCCCUCGGACAAUAAUUAUGCCAUAAGUGCCUAUUAAUACAACUUAGUCUGAAGAGAUAGAGAGAGUUACUUGGAAGUAAAGAACAGAGUUUCUUUGAUGGUGUGGCCAAGAUUUAAACCUGGACUUUCAAAAUAUGAAUUUUAAUACCAAUAAUGAUCACUGUGGCUUAACUCUUUUUGCCUGUGGUUACAGUAUGCAAAAAGUAUAUAAAAUAAAGUUUUGAGUUUUCUUGGCAAAACUUUGACUCAGCUGGAAAGGAACAGUAUCAGCCCAUUCCCCACCCCUAAUCGCUCCGCAUAGGUUCGAUAGGACAGAAAAAAAAACCACUAUUAUUAGAUAUGCCCUGUAUGAAGCAAGAGCAGGUGUAAAAUUUUAUUGUCACUACAUUUGUAAAACCCCUCAGAAGAUUCAUCCCAAGAAAAGCUCCGAUCUUCCCAUAGAGGAGAGUACCAUCAGUCCAGUUUAUGCAAUUGUUAUCUUUUGUUAUCUCUUAGUUCUGUUAAUGAUGCUGCAACAGAUGGAACAACUCCUUUAUAUCUUGCAACACAAGAUGGUAACUUGGAUUGCCUAAAGUAUCUUCACAGUGUCGGUGGGAAGUGUGAUGCAAGAGCCAGAGAUGGGAUGCUCCCUAUUCAUGCAGCUGCUCAGAAUGGACAUCUGGACUGUGUGGGAUAUCUGGUAAGAAAAAUAAGUUACCUUAUUUUUUUGCUUAUAAGGCACAGCAUCUUUUCAAUGAAAGUUUGCUUGAUAGCUCUAAAUCUGUUGUAAUUUUGGGGUGCAUCUUAUAACCUAGUAUCUUUGGGCAACAAAACAAAAUAAUUAUUAUUGAAUUUGUUGCUCUAGAACUUUAAAAAUCUUUUGAGGAAAACCUAUGUUUUUACCUUUCAAAACUUUAAGAAACCUCUUUUGCAGAACUUUUGUAUGAUACUCAAGGCUUGAAAAAAGUCCCAUUCACUAGUGUGGGACAAGAAAAUUUUCUAGCAGGGCAAGUGACUAGCUUACUUGGUAUGCCCAAUGGACAACAGUCUGGGCAAGUCAUCCUCUUAGAGCAAAAUCAUUAACUAAGACAAACAUUAGAAGUGGCUGAGCUGCUUAGCAGAAGGACAAGCUGGAAUUAUUUAGUUUUUUGUAAAGCUCUGUUACUUCAUGGGUGUAUUUAUUUCCUAACGUUAAAGAAAACCUGGAUUUUUUUUUCAUUAACACCCCCCGCCCCCCCCACCUUUCAGGAGUGAAAACGUUUAAGUUAUAGCUAAUUUACCAUGACUGACUUUUUGCAGAUUGAAAGUGGCCAAGCUGAUAUAGAUGAAAGAGACACAACAGGAGCUACACCUGCUCAUUAUGCUGCAGCACAAGGUAUUUAGUUCAGUAUAGUCUAAUAAUACAUUACAGUCAAACCUCAAAGAAGUUGAUUAUCCAGACCUCGAUCAUCUGAACUUUUAGAUUAUCUGGACUUGUUUAACUGGUCCUUUUUUUUCUGGAUUUUAUUAAGAUCUGACGUGAUCCUCAAAAAUUGAAAUGACUAAAAGUACAUUGAUCCUUCCAAACAUUUGUUUAAAACACUGUUUUAAUCUGUAGUGGACACAAACAUUUGAAACAGUAAGUUUUUUAUUUUGUAAAUACAUAAUACAUACAGACAGAACAUAAAAGCAAGUGGGACUGAGCUAAAUUAUUUGCAAUUAAAUUUUGUUUUCUUUAUUCCUUAUGUUUGUGAUAUUGUCUCAUUAGUAUUCAUAUUUUCGAUCAUCUGGACUCUCAAUUAUCCGGACUAUUACUCAAGUCCCAACGAGUCUGGAUAAUCGAGGUUCGACAGUAAUAAUAAAUAAUUAUUAGUAGGGUGAUCAACAAUGUAAUGUUUUGCCAUGGGAAAAUUAAGCAUUUAACAAGGUUAGAUUUUGCAGUUCUCUCUGUGUGUGUUUCAGGACAUGUGAAUGUUUUGAAAUGGCUGAAUGCCAAAGGUGACAUUUCAUCAACUGACACACUUGGUGGCUCACCUCUACAUGAUGCAGCAGAACAGGGGCAAUUUGAGGUUAGUAAAUUGUUAAAAUGGCUACACUUCUCUUACUUAAAAGUUCUUUGUGUUAAAAAUUAAAUUCUUUUUGCUUUGGAGAUGUUUGAGUGUUGAAUGAAUGUGUUAAUUUAUUAUAUUGCAAAUGUAAAUAAUAAUUAUGUAUAUCAUGAUGUUUUCUUUCUUGGUGGAGGGCUGCGGGUGUUUUUUAAUUAGACUCAAGGAAGUAACUUAUUUGAAGGGGGCAUUUAUUUGACGAAGGGUGCAAGUUCAAACAUGUCAGGAAAUUCCCGUGCAAUCAGGGAAUUUACUGUUUCCCUAUCCUUCCCAACUUAUAGAAACUUUUCCAGAAUUGUAGAUAUCCCCAAUUGUCUGGGAUGGUUGGACACAAAUGGGGGGAAUCAGGAGUGUUCUAUUUUCCUGCAGGUUCCCAGAUUUCUGCUAUGGCUGGAAUCAUGCCAAACAUAUAAAAACUCAAAUUUAUACUGUCUGGGAUGUUGGGUAUCGAUGGCCGAUCAUAUUUGUCCCUAUCCUCAAACUGCUCAGCUCUAGUCUUUCCCCUCAUAAAGCAAAAUGGUGUCUGGGACAGACUCCGGGUUUUUCCCGACAUAAUAACCAGGAUAAUCGGGAAACAGUAAGGGUUGCCGAUCAUCUGGGAUUUUCCUGACAUGAGUCUUAAGCCAUGGUAAUUAAUAAUAUUGUGGUACUGUUAUCUAUCUUUCUUAUUUUAGUGCAUUAGAUACCUAGUUGAAACUCUUGACUUGGAUGUCGAUCAGAAAGACAGGGAAGGAUUGACACCAUUACAUUUGGCAAAAAUAAGCAACCACCGAAAAUGCACAGAUUAUCUUAAGAUAGCCACAGCAAGGGUGAGUGUUAUGUUAAUCUAUUGCAACAUUCUUAGCAAACAUGUAUUAAUGCAAGUCUAUGUUACUGUACUUGUCAUAUUUCUACUAACAAUAUACUGUUGAACUGCUGGGAAUGAUCAUUUUCUCAUGAUCUUAUAAAACAGUCAGGUGUUGUUGCAUACAUUUAUAUGAAGUGUAUUAAAAAAGCACAGUUUAAAAUACAGUGGAUAUAACAAAGGACCAAGGGACUAGCAAUUUACUACUGGGGUGAAGAAUUUUGUUUGUUAUACUGCAGACUUUGUUAUAUAGAGGUUAAUUUGUUGAGGCUCCACUGAACACAAUUUCAUCAUUAAUUAUUUGAGGAAGCUAACUUAAAAAAAAUAGAAUUAUUUAAUUGCAGGAAUGCAAAGUUAUGCUCAUGGACAGUAAGUUGCUUCUCCAGUCAACUCCACAUUGACGUUCAAAAACGAUAAAUUGUGUGAUCAUCUCUGAUUUGCCUAUUGACUGUGAUAUUUUCUCUAAGUUCUUUUUUGUUUUGUUUUUUUUUCGAUCCAAACACUCUUUUUAGAUAAUUAUAUAUUUUUUUUCAUGUGUCGAUUUUGGAAUAGAGAAGCGGCUUGCUCUAGAAAAGGUUUUUCUGUGCCAUCAAUUUUUCAUUCUUUCCAUUUUUUAACUUCAGUGGUUACUUAAAGCAAUGCUACUUAAAUAGAAUCUAGAAACACUUAAAAUUUAUAGCUUUAUCAAAUUUAAUAACCAAAGAAAUAGCAUUUAUAUUCAUGCAGUAAUUUCAAUAUACAUAUUCAUUCUACUUUCAUCACAUCAUUGAACAAAGAACAAAGACUACGUUAGUUGACAACAAAAGCUAACUAAAAUUAGAAAACGUAAACGAGACUGACUAACAUUAAAAACGAACCAACAAGAUUAUUAGUUCAGAUCAGUAAGAAGACAUAUCAUCAAAAGUGAUGCACCGGUUCUUUACCUAAGUACAUCUUAAGAAAAGAAAUAGGGUAGAGAAAUUUUUCCUGCAUAAACUGAUUCAGCUACGCCCUAACCUUUUUUAUUGAUUUUUUUUGUGUGUGUGCGUUUUUUUGCCUAUAAAUGACAAACAAGAAGUCUACAAUACUUGAUAUUUUCAAGCAAAAUGUUAAGCGCUGAAAGCAACAGGAGAACAAGCCUAAAAAUAAAUAGAAGCAACAGCCAAAAAUUGAAAUUUUAAUGUCCAAACCGGGACGUGAAUAAAAUGAACUAGGCUUUUGGCAAUAGUUCGUCACGUGAUCAACUUUCACGUGAUCAACUAAUGCAAAAGGCCUGAUAAGCUUUUGAAAAAUAGAUAGAUGAGACUAUUUUAGUCAAUGCCAAGUUAAAAUUACUGACAGUGUAACUUCCCUGACAACCAAGAAAUUCGUUAACGCAUGCAUGAUUCAGCCAAUGACCUUUUACAAGCCUGCACAGAGCACAAAGUUUGUAGAACAAUAUUUUUAGUAAAAUUUUAAAAAAACUGAUAAAUUUUAUUUUUUCCGGCUUAAGCAAACCUUUUAGACCAGAAAAACACCAGAUAAUACCUUGAAAUGAAUAGACUUGUAGUGAAACUCUAAAGCAACUGGAUAACAAAUAGCAAAGACUGUUUUUCCCAGGUCACCAAUACACUGUUAUACAAUGAUACUGGACAAUCUGGACAUUUUCAACUGUCAGUCACUGUUACGUCAUCCAUCAGCAAUGCUCACUGAUUUCGCCGUUCACAUACACAACGUUUUUAUCCACUCCGAUGAUUUUUAUAUUUCGUCAACAAAUACGCAGGCAACAAAGACCCACAGCAAAAGCCACAAGCAACUACGAUAGCUGUAAGCAAGGCAAACUCUAAGUUAAGUUUUUAGCACACUAAGCGUUAAUAACUCUUGAGCCCCCUUUUGCGGUAUUCCAAACACAUUAUUCGUCUUGAGUGAGCCUUGGUGGACAUUGCUGUUUUGUUUGGCUUAGUGCCUUAGUCGUAUAAUGCCUCCUUUUAAAUUACUUUAUCUUUUUUAUCGCACAGUAUAUAGGCUGUUCGAAGUCCUCUAUUUUUCCGUCAAGAUCGAGCGCUUUGCAUUACGGGCCGCUAUCUUACAUGAGUGUCAAAACUACUUAGUGGGAGGGGGCGGUUUGGGAGGAAGCGAAAAAAUAGCCCCCCCUCCCCCUAGAGCUGUAAUCCCCGACGCCUGUCCCUUUGGUACAUUUGAAAAUCAAGAUAGCCGCCAUUAACGGUAAGACGCACUAUAUCUCGACGAUCUCACGAUAAAAAAUAGGGGACUGUGAACAGUCUAUACAGUAUACGACACAAAAUAUUAGUAACCUCAAUGCCUAUUUGCUCAAUUUCUUUUCCAAACGGAUAAUGAAUCUCUUGAUUAUACACUCUCACAAGGCCUUAAUUAUCUAGAAUGGGCUUGUAAUACACGAAGAUUGUAAAUAUAACUUAUACAUUCCUGGUGUUACGUGAAUGUUCUGAAAUUUACAGAAAGUUGAUUAGAGUGAAAAUAAUUAUUUCAUCCUAGCUGGUAAAUAACUUAAAUUAGACAAAACGUCGAAAUUUUUGAAAAAUGGUUAUUUUUAAAAGCAGAAAACUACAACAACUUUCUGCGAAUUUGUACAUAAGUGAAAUGCCUGUGACUGUAAAGAUUCUAUUGCUUUUGUUUAUGUAAGUUAACCGUAACGUUUCUGAGGAAAAUAAAUAGAAAAACUGAGACUUGUUAGAGACUAAAUUAAACUAAAGUAACCGAAAUUGACACGAAAUGUUAAUAUCGUAAUAUGUUGUAUACAGAUUAAUAAACUUAUAACUUAAUCUUUGUUUUAUUUAUUUCUUAUGUUAAUCCUCGCAAUUGCUGAGUAAGCUGAAUCUGAAACAAAGUCCAAAAACAUUCCUGUAAGUUGUUGGGUAAUGACGUCUGACCACUUCGUUGCACCAUAAAAAGCUUGAACACAACACUGCACUCUUGGAUUAAAAGAGAGAAAUAAUUGAUUUUGCUUUUUUUUAAUCAUUAGCAAAAGACGGUGAUUUAGAAGGCAUAUAUGUUUGUAAUGCUUUAUAACUAUUUUGUUAACCCUAUGCACCUUAUUUACUGUUAUCAGAGGUUUUUUCGAGGAUUUGGCAGUGAAUCAAAUUUGUUUGUAUACUACCUUUAUCUAUUUAUUCAUGUGUUUAUUUAUUUUGGGGAGGAGAAAGAUGAAGAUGUUGAGAUGUUGGAUUAAUGAUAGACUGCAAAACAGUCGUUUUCUGCCGUUUUUCUCAAAACUGUUCUCGUUGAGCGCCGAUUGGUGACGUUAAAUUCUGAUACAAAGCAAGCGAGCUUCAUCCUUCGUUUUUCAAACCUGACUUCCGUAUGACGAGCGCAAAAAUUUGUUUGACAAGCGAAAAAAUCCGGCUGUUUUGCAAUCUAGGUGACUCCCCUUCCUUAUAUGAAAUUAUGAUUGUGAUUCAUGUGUUAUUAGAAACUAACGUUUACGUUUCAGAAACUUCCCCCAGACAUGAGCCAUGCAGGGCUUGAAAUGCUUCUUGAUUUUGUUAGUGUCCAUUUAUUUUAAUACCUGUAGUCAAAGCACAGUUGCACUUAGUGAUUAUUAAUAUUAGCAUAUCAAAUAUAACACUAGCACAUGCAGUUUGCUAUUUGGCCCUCCCAUAAGUACUUUUAUUUCUGUAUAAUUAGGCAGAUUUGGCAAAGUCAACGGGACGACAGUGGCGACGUCGCACGCAAAUCUAAAAACUGCUUUGAACCUGGCUUUGAAAAAUGGAAGAGCGGCAAAUAAUUGAGUCGCGUUCAGUCCUUUCCGCGCGUUAUCGCGUUCUCAUCUUACAACAACAAAGCAACAAUACCACAGGAGAGUACUGCUCAGUAGCUUGCAUGAAAAUGAUCACACUUUUGGAUCUUCCUUUAUAGACUCAAACUAAAUGAACUGAAAACCACCUUAUACAGCGCAGCAAACAGUACCACAGGAAAGUACUGCUCAGUAGCUUCAAUUUGAAUGGUCACACUUCAUGAUUUUAUCCACAGAUGCAUAAGUUAGAACCACAUUGGACAGCGUAAUAAAUAGUACCACAAGAAAGUACUGUUCAGUAGCUUUCAUUUGAAUGGUCACAACAUAGGAUUUCGUCAACGGACUCAAAAGUUAGAACCACCAUGUACAGCAUAAUAAACAGUACCACAGGAAAGAACUGCUAGGUAGCUUUUAUAUGAGUGAUCACACUUCCACAGGCGCAAACGUCAGAAUUAAAUCACCUGCGUCCAUAACAGACUGCGUGCGUGGAAAGGCUAAACGCAAAGCGACGUAAAAAGCAUUAAAAACUGACUUCCUAAAAGCGAGUUACUCGAAUAGCACAGGUUUACACUUUGCCCAGCCUCAUGUCUGCCCUUUUAUUCUUCUUUCAUUCAACAGCAAGCCAAGGCACAAAAACGACAAGGGCAAACCAGCAAACGGGUUAAUGAAGACAGUAGCUAUUCCUUUUCAUCUUUCGCGAGUUCAAAUGUAAAGGUUCAAGAAAGAAACUUUGUUUCUGGUAAACCAGCUACAGAAAGGAGCUCCUCAAUAGUGAAGGAAGCAGCUCCUUGGCAGCAAACUGUGAACAAGGGGAUCGUGAGGACGAGAAGUGACAGCAGCAACCGCAGUAAAGUAGAUAAGGGGAUGGAACAAGCAAAGAUGGAAUCAGGGAAUCACAGGUCAAAACACGCGCACUCUGUUUCUAACGUCAACAACAAUUUAAGCGACAGUGGUAGAAAGGAGGGAUCUAACUACAGCAACAGGAACAACAGCAACAGAAGCAGCAGAGAAAGCAACAACAUCAAAGAAAGUCUAACAAAAAAGAACUCUACAGAUAAUUCUUCCUCAUCUACAGCAGCACCAGGCUUCCACGGUUACGGAUCUCCACUGUACGCCAGUCCGCAGUCAGAACGGGUCAAACCCCUCAGGGAAAGACAAAUGCAACCCUUGCCUCAUUUUGGUGACAUUCUUCCUGCACCGGUCGAAUUUUCAGAGUCCUCAGGUAAAGGAAGUUUAUUUUUAUUUCCUUGAAGACAAAAUUGUAGCAAUAGUUUAAGUCCCCAAUAGGUUCUUCGGAAUCCGAGAUUUGCCUCAUUUGAAGGCAGGGAUUCGGGAUUUCAAAGCAAUAUGAGGACGGGAUUCGGGAUUGAACGUCAAUGCAAGGGAUACGGGAUGCCAAAAAUGACCCUCGGGAUUACGGGAAUGAGGGAAAACUGGGGUCAAGAUGACGGGUGAAAGAACCCUAUUGGGGACCCUGGAGACAGGAGAGUAUUACCAUUUUCUUGACAGAAUAACAAGGAAUGGUGAUAAAAUUACCCGGUAUGUAUGAGGUGGUAUUGAAGAUCAAAGAACCAGUGUCAGUGACCCAACAGUCAAUCAGUAAUCGACAUUGGAAACGACCUUUAUUGUAAACAGACCGAUGCCUCCUUUUAGAGAGUAAGGCACAAUAAAGAUUUACUGUUAAUGUUAGUCAGUCAGUUGGUCAGUUGGUCAGUCGGUCAGUCAGUCAGUUGGUUGGCCAGCUAGCCAGUCAGUCGGUCAGUCAGUCAGAAAGGACACUGUAAAUCACGAGUCAUCAGUCAGGCAUUGUGCGGCAAGAGGGUAAUCAGUCGGUAAGUGAUCAGUCAGAAAGUCAUCAGUCAGACAGACAGUCUAUCAGUCAACCAUUCAAUCAGUGAGCAUCAGUCAGACAGUCAAUGAGUCAGUUCGCGGCAGCCAUCAGUCUGUUAGUAAGUGCAGCAGACGUUUAUCGAUCAGUUCGUCAGUUAGACAGACAGACAGACAGACAGACAGACAGACAAAAAUCAAUCAUUCAGUCAGUCAGUCAUUCGUUUGCCAGUUGUCGUAAGUCAAUCCAGCCUAGCCCCUAGGCGUUCACGGCUUGGUUAAACCUGAAGUCUAGCGUGAGCUGUGACGUCACCAAGAGAUAGUGGCCCACCCUUUCCCAGACUUAGCGCGGACAACGGGGCAAGAGAACGCCGAGGGAGAAGGCUGAAAGCUUUCCGAUAUUUAAAAAUUAAGCCUACGAGUUACCAUGAUAUUCAAAGUUAACACAAGCCUAAUCCUCUUUCUUUUGAUUUAUGACUGAUUUACUUAGUUCUCACUUUACUGCCUUUUUUGUUUACGUAUUUUGGUUCCUUUUCUUUUAGUUUGUGGCUUAUGUGUUAUUAACCUUUUUUUUGUUGACAAGUUUGUACGCGACUGUAACAGCAUGCCUCCGACCUCUUCUUUGGAAAUGUUUGGACUUCACUGAACUAUGCGUCGGCAAAAACCUGAGAAGGCAUGUGGAUGUCGUUCCAACAAGUAAACAAACUUGGCGAACGCAGGAGGCUAAAAAAUUAAUAAUGCAUCUUUACUACUAACCUAGUGGAAAACAGAAACUACAGCAACAAACAGCAAGAUGGGGUUAAUACGUUUAACACCCAUCGUUUUGUACGUUUUUAGCUAUUUUAAUUUGCUGCUUUAUUUUGAUACUAUUAUUCAAUGUUCAUAUCAGAAUCGGUUGCACUAACUCUCUGCUAUAACGCGACUAACUGUAGUUUUUUUUUUACAUUUUGUAUUGAACCAAAGAUUUAUAUAUAGGAACUAUACAAAAAGAACCUGCAACUUUAUAAACUUGAACGACUACAGAAUACAGAACGUUGUGGACAGUGUUAUUUUGUUUUUAGCCUGCGAGAAAGCUCUCCGGAGCGCUCUGGCGGCGGGGAGAGCUUGCAACUACGUCUCCGGAAUUUGAAGUCCACCUCCAAUUCCCUAGCCUGCGAAGCGCAGACGCAUUUCCGGUCGUCGCUUCUCUCCCUCCGAAAAAUAGCUAUUUUUCGGAGGGAGAGAAACGACGACCGGAAAUGCGUCUGCGCUUCGCAGGCUACCAAUUCCCCUGUGGCUCCCCGUCGACUGAGCUGUCAGAUUUCCGCCAAUCAGCGCGAAGCGGAAACGAACGCAAAUGUAAACAUACAUUGAAAAACACGUGCCAAGGGCAAUGACGUCAUUACUAAUGUCAUCUCCGCCAAUCAGCUUUUCGCAUCGACUUUUUCGAUCCAGAUAUUCAAAUUCCAGAGACGUUGUUCCACUUUCUCCUUCCUUUUCCCACCCCGCCGCCAGAGCUUGCUUGCAAGCUAUUUUGUUUAAUUUUGAUUGUAUUACGGUAGUACUUUUCCUUUUCGACAUACAAGAAUUAUAACUUUGAAAACGUUUAUGGGGACCACCAACUCCACCUUCCCUUAACAGGUGCUUAUUGUAUGUGACAAAAUGAAGUAGUCAAAAAACUGACGCACUAAUGUUUGUCUGGCAAAAAAUCAUUCUCAUUAGCUCUUGUCAUACCGUAGUGUCACUGCUCCAGGGUUUACUCUAGAGUGAGGCUUUGCGGGAUUUACGCGAUUUGAAAAAUAAUGCCGCAAGAAAUUUGUGAAAGAGUAGUAAAUGGGGCGCGGAAAUGAGGCCCUAAUUGGCCAAUUGCUAGAAUAAACCCUGCGCUCAAGCUACAACCUCGGGAAACAUCCUUGAAACACCUGCUUUUCUUAAUUUACGCGCAAUGCGACUAUGUCAUCAAACUAGAACAAAGCCGCGCCCUCCUUGCCCCAUUCAAUGUUGUUUUUGCAGGUGUUUUUUGUCCCCGUCCCUCCCAAAAAGAAAGCAAUGCGUACAGUUCUUGUGCUACCCAAAACGACAUUGGGGGAGGGGAAAGGAGAUAAACAGCCAUUCAUUCUGCAAGCUUGCACGAGCGGAGCCGAAAGCGUUAGUGGUACGACCUGUGUACCGCCGCACACUAGUUGUAACUUCCGAUAGUUGGACAACGGGGUAAUUCGUAGUACUUUGUAAUUAACUCUUUUUAGCGCCCCGUGUUCGGCCUUUUCAGCUCGACUUGUACUUGUUGUCAAGCCUAAAUACAUAAUGUACAUCGUACUAUUUCUUUUAGUUAUCGUAAAGCAUUCAAUUUAACGCUUUUGACGUUAUUAAACUAAAUCAAAAGAUAACUGUUAUUUGGGAUUAUUUGUUUUGUUUUCCGUUUGUUUGUGUUUUUGUUCCUUCGUUUUGAGUUUACGGCAGAUGUCAUAAAAGGUUCCGCAGUGAAGUUUUUGCCCAGUCCCUAGGCCUCAUUAUUCGCGUGGCCUAUGCGUUUCGGGUCACGUGUUGCGAAUGAGUUUUUUCCCAGGCCGUCUCAGAUACGUCGCCGAGAUGCUUUGACCGAGAAGGCCUGGGAAGACGCCUUACAGGGACUGAUCAAGUGUAGUUUUAGAAAUCGACGCUUUUAGACCAACAAAAUUCUGAUUUUAUUGCUGAAAUGUAAAGUGAAAUGUGAUCAGUGCACGACUCAACUCCACACAUAUAUAUCGUACAAGACCAGCCUUCGUGACGGGCGUUGAAAGGGAGUGGGAAGUCUAGGGGAAGGGUACUUUGGUGAAUUUUUGCUGGAUGUGUGUCGCUGGCCUCUUAGAACCCCCGCCACAUUAUAGUCUAUUCUGUGGGCAAUUAUACACCCCAUUGUUGUCACUUUUGGGCAAAUGUCAUUUUCGUGACCCCAACUUUGUCACUUUCUCUCACUUUUUUAAAUCCCCUACUUAGCAGAAUUUUCUAUUGAAAAUGCAACCCCAUUAUAGUCAACCCAGUCGUGAAAAUGCGACCCCAUCCAGCUUCACAUCCCCAUUAAGUACAAACUUUAACCACAAAGGACUGCAAAGGACCGCAAACGAAUAUGCCGAAGAACGUAGGAUCUAUAAAGACCUGAUCGGCAAAAAUGAAAAGUAGACAAGCACUACGUGAAAAUUAACUCUGACAGCUGUCUAUGGCUACAAUCCCGCUCUGUUUUGAGUUCUUUCGGUGUCGUGUUGAUGUCUUGCAGAGUUAAUUUUCACGUAGUACGAUCAGCAUUGCAGUAUUCUGCUUGCAGAAUUUAAUAUGUCUACUUUUCAUUUUUGCUGAUCAGGUCUUUAUAGAUCCUACGUUCUUCGGCAUAUUCGUUUGCGGUCCUUUGCAGUCCUUUGUGGUUAAUGUUCUUUUUGUAUUCUGGGGCCGUAGAUCUUUUAUAGAUCCGAUAUGCCGUAUUUCUUGCAUGGUUUUGUCCAUGUUCUAUAGAUUGGUUUUGGCCAAUUUUUUAUUUUCUCUGCGAGACAUCAACUUGACACUUGGACUCUUGCCCCUCCGAAGACACGUGGUAUGGCGUGAUUCUGUGGGUGUUGAGGGUUCUAGGUCAGAGCUUUAAUCAGAGUGCGCGGAUAUUUUUCACUAGAGUUCUCUCUGGUUGUUACGCCAUACUGACGAGCCCCAAAGAGGGCUUAACAGCUGUCUAUGGCUACAAUCCCGCUCUGUAGCGAGUUCUUUCGGUGUCGUGUUGAUGUCUUGCAGAGUUAAUUUUCACGUAGUACGAUCAGCAUUGCAGUAUUCCUGCUUGCAGAAUUUAAUAUGUCUACAUCCCCAUUAGCCUAUUAUGGGGAAGUACCAUCCCCCCACCCCCCAGAUGGAAUAGGUUGUUGGAAUCGCUAGGUCUUCGCGUUCUGGCACGGACGAUUUCUCCCCUUUUCAACGAGCUGUCACGCAAGCUGUUCGAAGAAGGGAGUCUAUCUCUUUCACUCUUUGUGUCAUUAGCAUAUUCCCAUGGCAAAAGCCAAAAAUUAGAAGAAGCUGAAGUAAAUACAGAACCAAAUGAAAAAUCCCGCCGAAGUGAACUCUCCAAGAUCAGAGGGAUAAACCAGAGAGUCAGAUUUGAAGAAGACAAUUGUAAGGUGAUUGUGGAAGUUCAGUCCCUGGAAAAUAAAGGAAACGUUUGGGAGACAAAGGACAAAGUUAAAGCAGCCCAAGUCAAAAGGAUUGACCCAGGGACCCAAGAAAGCCGCGUAAAACAAAAGCAACUUCGUGAUGAUGCGAGUCACAUGGUCAGUACAGGCAGUCUUCACAGAGAUGCCGAAAGACCAUUAAGCGGGCAGUUUGAAAGUGAUUUGCCACCAUGGAAAAAACAGAUGAUAAUAAAUCGAAUGCGAAAGGAUAAAGAACAGGAAAGGAGAGAACAAGAAAAGGUAUAUUAAUUGAUAAUUCUAAGGGCGCCCCGUUUUUUUGGGUACUUUUCAAAAAUAAGCGGUCGAUUGAUAACAUUGUUGCAAGGCAUGGAAGAAAUGACAUCUUUUAUUCUGCCUCCGAUAGACCAUUUUACUACGUGAAUACCUCAAGGGGGGAGGAAUUCGAGUGCAUAGAACGGCUGGUCGAGCCCGUGUUACCACAAUUGGAAGGAAAAUUCAGGGAAAUUAUGAUUGGUAAAAAAUAUUUAAAUAUUUGUUAAGAUUGGAUUACAUUUGAAGGAGUAACAAAUAGAGAAACGCAUUGUUAGGCCCUUUUGUCCGAAAACUGUCAGAUCUAUCAUGAUUUCUUUUGUUUGUGUUUUCUAGAGAGAAAUCGAAGGAAGAAAGUGGAUCGGUGUCCCUUCAUGGAAAAUUCCUCUUCUGGAGAAAAGAGAAGAAGAGAGGUUAGUAAAAUUUUGCUUCAGACGCUGAGCUCUGGUCAACUUUAUGUUUUUGUUACUUCAAAGUUAUUUCUGCGUUUUCAGAUUUGUUAGGUGGUAAUUGUGACAUGCACAAUUAAAGAAGAGGCGAGUUGAUAUAAGUUCUAUAUUGAAAGACUUUGGCAAACCAUUAAGUCAACUGGCCUAAGACAAUGGAAAUUAUGCGGCACUGUAAUGCGUUUAGAUACCUGAUAAAAAAAACCUCCUGUCCUUCGUAUCCUAAAUGUCUUCUUCAAGAUCAUUUUUUUAAAAGACGUUCUAAAGUCAAACACUCGACAGAUUAUAACAGUUGAAACAUAUUCAGCUACGCGUCGUAUUUCUCUUUAUGUGUGAUAUCUAAUGAAACACCAUUACUCAUGUUUGUUUCGCUGGUUUUUGUAUUACAUCAAAGCAGUUUUGUUUUCGUACUUCGUUUAGGUUAAAACAGGAACAGCGCUGGAUAAGCAUGCCAGAAUGGAAGAUAAAUCUCCUGAGUAGAAGAGGUACGGAAGAAAUUUAUGCUAAAUAUCACGAUUCUGCGACGUCGCUCAAGUGUACAAGGUCAGAGGUCCUUCAGUGA